AGUUCUUGUUUGUCUUGAUGAGGAAUUAGAUGCACGGGGGGCUAUAGAGGAUAUUAUAAUUAUUUAUAUAAAGAAAACUAAAUGUGUGUUAUUGUUUUUUUGUUUCCUUUAGCAAAAGUCAAAGAUCUCAAACACCCGUAAAACCCACCUGAAGAGUUUGAUGCUCCAGGUGGCAAAAACUGCUCUAGAACAAGAAGAAAUUGAUAUUGCUGCUGAGAAAGAAAGUUAUCUGAGCGAGCACUGCCCUCCCCUGAGUAUACCUCACUCCUUACAGGAACUUCAGGAGCUUUGCAAGAAAUUGCAUGCUAAGAUCGAUGUGGUUGAUGAAGAGAGGUACGACAUGGAAGUCAAAGUUCAAAAGAGCAGCAAGGAGGUGGAAGACCUGAACCAAAAGAUUUUCGACCUCAGAGGCAAAUUCAAGAGGCCUCCUCUGAAACGUGUGCGUAUGUCAGCUGAUGCUAUGCUUCGCGCUCUGCUUGGCUCCAAGCACAAGGUCAACAUGGAGCUCCGUGCCAACCUUAAGCAGGUCAAGAAGGAGGACACUGACAAGGAGAAAGAUCUCCGUGAUGUGGGUGACUGGCGUAAGAACAUUGAGGAGAAGUCCGGCAUGGAAGGCAGAAAGAAGAUGUUCGAGUCUGAGGCUUAAGACCAAAUUAGACCAUGUCCAUUUCCAACCCCUUAGCUGCUGGCUACACCUGAAACACCAAAACAUAGUGCUUCACACUUGCAACCAGCCUAUUAACACCUUCUCAACUUAUCCAGUUCCCCAGCAGCCAAGGGGUUCAAGAAAAGUCUUACAUCUACCCCACUCCUCUUCUCGCUGGUUUCUAGACAUCUCGCUACUUCACCAACCCAGGGAAGGUCUUACAGAAUGUUAUGGACUCUGGGGAAGCUCAAAUUUGUAGUUCCCCUCAUUUUUAUCCCACAAUUUGGUUUUACAGCUGGUAUGUUAUGUGGACAUCAAAAUCAUGUAAAUAAAGCUUACGACAACCUUUAAAAAUGUU